CCUGCACACUCUCACAGCUCUGGUCCUCAACUGGGAGUAUCUAUGUCGGGUAAAAAAAAUCCCUCUCCAGUGCAAGCUCCAAGACAAGCCCAGCAGCCUUGGACUGUUCUGAACAGAAGGAACUUGAUAAAGAAAGUGAGACAUGUAGAAGAGUGUGUCCAGAUGCCAAUGGAACGAGGGCCUGACCUCUACCGGCUCUCAGCCCACGACUUCCCUUCCUCCCUCUCAAUACCUGGGCAUGACCCUGCUUUUUGUACUGGGCUGUGUCUUCUUCCCGUUGACUUUCGCGCUCCUCUGCUGGGGUCUGCAGAACCACUCCAACCUGCGGAUGGAGAGGCCAGAGGCUGUUUUGGUGGCAUCCAACCGCUGCCGCCGCUGCCGUGGCUCAGAGCUGCAUGGGGAGACGCCGCUGCAGGUCCCGGUCCUCGGUGUCUGCCUCCGGGGCCCUCUGGACCGGGCGGCGGCGGCGGCGGCGGCGGCGGCGGCGGCAGCGGGAACUGUGGCGGCAGCGAGAGGCGGGAGAGCAGUGCUGACCGCUGACCACUGGCCCCGCCGCUCCUCUGUCUCCCUUCCCUCCCGCCCUCCCUUUCAGAGCGGGCACCACAGUCCCACCCCCCACCCCG